AUGAGCAGCCCCAAGCGCAGAAUCGAGACCGAUGUCAUGAAGAUGUACGUUAAUCCUUUGCCACCGCCUUUCCCUCCGUCUGCCUCGUUGAUGAGUGACUACGAGGUUACUCUAUGUACGUCAAAAUUGAUUUUCCAGGGGUUACUUCUGUAUUUGAUGUUCAUACAGCCUCUCCACAGGCAAGAAUUCUACGUUCGUUUCAAGGGACCUGAAGAAACGCCAUUCGCUGGUGGUCUCUGGAAGAUCCAUGUAGAGCUGCCCGAUCAAUACCCAUACAAGAGUCCAAGCAUUGGAUUCGUCAACCGUAUAUUCCACCCGAACAUUGACGAACUUUCCGGCUCCGUCUGCCUCGAUGUUAUCAACCAAACUUGGUCUCCUAUGUACGAUAUGAUCAACAUCUUCGAAGUCUUUCUUCCGCAGCUUUUGCGUUACCCCAACCCUUCCGAUCCCCUGAACGGCGAGGCGGCGGCCAUGCUCAUGAGAGAACCCAAGAGUUAUGACGCUAAAGUCCGAGAAUAUGUGGCGAAGUAUGCCAGCAAAGAAGCUGCGGACGAGGCUGGGGAGGACACCGAGUCGGAAGACGAAAUGAGUUCAGUUGGCAGCUACGAGUCUGGCGGCGAAGAGCCUGCUGGUGAGAUGGAUGACGUCUGA